UAUUCUAUGAGCGUGAUAUUAUGAGCUGUGUUGAUCUGAUCUAUGGUUAAUUUCAGAAAUAAAAUCAACAAAGUCAAAAGAUUGAGCAUUUCAAAAUUCUAUUUCUUUACGCUUUGUUUACAUUUUGUUACGUUUGUGAAAGGGUGUCAAACAGUGGAAUAUAUCAGUAAAGGAUCAACUCUUUUGUUAUAUUUUAUACAGAUGUUACACCCGAGAUGUGAUUUGGGGGGUUGAGUUCGAGAAAAUGGCUUUGAGUUGUUGUAGCAGCUCGGCCGUGGCGGCGCUGGGUUUACUGGCGCUGCUGCUGCUGCCGGGGCCCGCGCUGUUCCCGGGCAGCGAGCCCGCGCCGCCGCCGCCGCCGCCGCCCGCCGCCGCGCGCCUGCUGCACUACUGCCCGCCACUGGACCUCGCACUGUCCGGCACGCUGGCGCUCUGCGGCCUGCUCACCUACCUCGCUGAGUGGGUGCAACGUAAACUCAUGGAAAGGCGAAUAAUGAAGUUAAACUCGUACCUGCAGUCUUCCGUGGAGAAGCUGCGCGCGUGGGACGCUCAACAGGAGCAGCUGGAGAGCAGCGUGCGGCUCGCGCAGGAGGCGGCCACGGAGUACAACCUGCUGCUGUACCUGCUGCUGCGCCAGCACCGCGCUGGGGACCCCCGCGCCAUGGACCAUCGGGCCACGGACCACCGCGCCACGGACCACCGGGCCACGGACCACCGCAAAGAACACAAACUCGAACACCUCUACUCCAGGGAUCACCGGAUAGACGCGUGACCGUUUUAAAUUUUACUUUAUUUAUUUUUUGUUUUAAUAAAUAGUGUUUUAUUUGUU